AUGAAAAUAGUGUUAAAGAAUUAUGUCACAACUUAUGUUCCUUUAGUAUAUAGAUACCAGAUAUGCAGCAUUAUUAGUAGCACAGUUCUAGAACACAAGCGCCAAGAGCUCCACGUAUUGAAGCAACAAAUCCUGUGGAUCAAAUUAAAUCCGGCCAGUUCAAACUUAAAAAAACUGGUCGGCAAUUGUCAUCAGCAGGAGAAGCGCAAUUGUCUACAUCAGUUGAUGUUGCACCGCCACAACUGCCCGCACCACAAGAACAAGUGCAAACCUCUUCAUCAGCUGAUGCACCACCUAUUGCACCCCCGCCACCACCAGGUGGUGGGCAACCAACUGAAGCUCAAGCUCCAACAACACAGAUUACUCCCACAUCACCACCCAAGGCGUCAGGGGGAUUCGAAGAACUUAUCAGCAGGGCUGCACUUCGCAGGACUAGCAAGUCUCAACAGACGGAUCAGAGAGCACCACAACAGCAGGAGGAACGGCCUCCAACCCCUCUGCCUCCUGGAUCCAGUGCAUGCAGGACCUGCUCCACCCCCACCACCUCCACUUCCUGGAUCAAGUGCAGGACCUGCUCCACCCCCACCACCUCCGCUUCCUGGGUCAAGUGCAGGACCUGCUCCACCCCCACCAGCUCCGCUUCCUGGAUCAAGUGCAGGACCUGCUCCACCCCCACCACCUCCGAUUCCUGGAUCAAGUGCAGGACCUGCUCCACCCCCACCACCUCCACUUCCUGGAUCAAGUGCAGGACCUGCUCCACCCCCACCACCUCCGCUUCCUGGAUCAAGUGCAGGACCUGCUCCACCCCCACCAGCUCCGCUUCCUGGAUCAAGUGCAGGACCUGCUCCACCCCCACCACCUCCACUUCCUGGAUCAAGUGCAGGACCUGCUCCACCCCCACCACCUCCGCUUCCUGGAUCAAGUGCAGGACCUGCUCCACCCCCACCAGCUCCGCUUCCUGGAUCAAGUGCAGGACCUGCUCCACCCCCACCACCUCCAAUUCCUGGAUCAAGUGCAGGACCUGCUCCACCCCCACCACCUCCACUUCCUGGAUCAAGUGCAGGACCUGCUCCACCCCCACCACCUCCACUUCCUGGAUCAAGUGGAGCACCUGCUCCACCCCCACCACCUCCUCCACCCCCACCACCUCCUCCUCCUCAGCAGAGAUUAAUUAUUGCAAAAGACUUGAAGAUAUUUCAAAUGGAAGUUACUUGCUGUUUAGAAUUUUUAAGUUUAGUUAGAUGUUCCAAAGGAAAAUUCCUCAACGAAACUAAUAAUUUGUAUGACAGAAUUCUGGCCGGGUUAGAUAGACAUUGCUGUAGUGUGGACAAAGAGACACAAAGCUCACUGGUACCUAUAUCCAAACAUCCUUAUGUAUAA